ACGAAGGCGCGAAAAACUUUUUGAUUUUGACUUUGACAUUUUAAUUUCAAAAUAAUCAAAUUAACACCGUGAAUAUUUAAUUGGAUUUGAAGAAAUUAUGUUUGAAACUGUACAAAUAGAAGGUCUAUUUCCCGAAGAGGAAAAUGAUAACAAUUUGUCUACUACUAAUAAAUCUUUUUAUCAACAGUACAAACUUUCGCUAGCAAGUGCGUCGAAUAUAGCAUCUACAGCAAUACUGAACGACAUUUGGAAUAACAAUCAAGAGAUGUUAGGAGAUAGUGCUACAAAGCACAUUCAUAAUUCGGCUAACUUUUUGCUACAUAAUGCUGACACAAGCAACACGAAAACAUGGAAAAGUUGUUUAAACAAUUUCGAUGCAUCAUGUUAUUUUGAUCGGACUUCAGCUACCUGUGACCAAUGUAAUUCUGGAACAAAAUCUUCUGUAAAUGCUUUCCAAAAAAACAAAUGCACCUGUGAUCUGGGUUUAGUGGAAGCCACUGAUAAAGGUCCCAAACAAGUCUCAGAGCACAAGGGGUCUUUGUGCUUAGCACAUUCUCAGAAUUCAAGUCAAGAAUCAAGAUCUGGGGAUGAUCACAGACAUGUCUUUAAACCAAAGUUUGGGCGACCAAAGCAUAAAAAUAGUAAAAACUUUAACCAACAAACAAUAUCCAGUACUCCUAUAUCUGAGGAAGUAGAUUUUGACAAAGAGGAAGAAGAAAACAAAGCUCAUAAGAGCAAUGUGUCCAAGAUCAUGUUUAAGACAGCUAAGGAAACUCUUCUUGCUUCUAAUCCUGCAGCUAAGAGAACAUUGGGUACAUCAAGGAAAGCUCAGGCUAAGUUUGUGUCUCCUAUGAUUGGAGCUCAAGAUAAACAGGAGACUGUUACGCCUGGAAUGCUAGAUGAGAGACUCAAACAUAUUGAUCCUAAAAUGAUUGAGUUGAUUGAAAGUGAGAUUAUUGAUAAGGGAACACCCAUUGGUUGGGAUGACAUAGCAGGUCUGCACAUGGCUAAAUCAGUGAUACAAGAAGCAGUGGUGUGGCCCCUACUCCGACCCGACAUAUUCACUGGCCUGAGACGGCCACCUAAGGGAAUUCUUUUGUUUGGACCACCUGGCACUGGAAAAACUUUAAUUGGUAAAUGUGUGGCGGCACAAUGCCACGCCACCUUCUUCAGUAUAUCGGCGUCGUCGCUCACGUCCAAAUGGAUCGGCGACGGAGAGAAGAUGGUACGCGCGCUCUUUGCUGUCGCCAGAUGUCACCAGCCUGCUGUGAUUUUCAUAGAUGAGAUAGAUUCUCUGCUAACUCAGCGUAGCGACACUGAGCAUGAAGCCACUAGGAGAAUAAAGACAGAGUUCUUAGUGCAGUUCGACGGCGCAGCUACUGGAGAGGAAGAUCGUCUCCUGAUAGUCGGCGCGACUAACAGGCCUCAAGAGUUGGAUGAGGCAGCGCGCAGGCGCCUCGUCAAGCGGCUCUACAUACCACUGCCUGACGCUGGUGCUCGCGAACAAAUAAUAGCGAACCUUCUAGAAAACGAAAACAAUGAUUUAACACCGCAACAUAUAUCGGAGAUCGCGAACUUAACGGACGGUUACUCUGGCGCCGACAUGAAGUCUCUCUGCUCGGAGGCCGCGAUGGGACCCAUUCGCUCCGUGCCUCUCUCGCAAAUCGUUAGCAUUAGUAGGCAUAAGGUGCGCCCAGUGUGUGUUCAAGAUUUUGUAAAUGCGUUACAAAGGGUGAAGCCUAGCGUGUCUCAAGAUGACCUAGGACAAUAUGUUCGGUGGAAUACAACCUACGGCCAAGGAUUUUAAUAAACCAUUUUUAUUUAUGUA